ACUGAUAGCUUGACUUUGGAGAGCUUUGAUAAAGGUUUUAGAUGACUUACUGUGUCAUAUGCUUUAUGGAGAUCAAGAAAAACUGCUCCAACUAUCCCUCCUUUGUCUAAUUUAGCCUUGAUUCCUUCCAAGAAGAACACCAUGCAGUUUCAGUAGAAUAAUUGUUCCUGAAUCCAAACUGCAUAGGGAGCAGUAGGUCGUUGUUGCUAAGGUGUGACACCAGCUGUUCUGCAGCUACCUUUGAAACCACUUUAGACACAACAGCUUCACUCAGAGACAACAUGGCUUCCAGAUCAGAGGAAGAUCUCUGCUGUCCGGUCUGUUGUGAAGUCUUUAGAGAUCCUGUUCUUCUGUCCUGUAGCCACAGCUUCUGUAAAGCCUGUCUGCAGAACUGGUUUAGAGAGAAACCAACACGAGAGUGUCCAGUCUGUAAGAGAAGAUCUUCAAGAGGAGAACCUCCCUGUAACCUGGUGUUAAAGAACCUGUGUGAGAGUUUCCUACAGGAGAGAGAUCAGAGAUCUCCAGAGGCUCUCUGCAGUCUGCACUCUGAGAAACUCAAACUCUUCUGUCUGGACCAUCAGCAGCCAGUGUGUGUCGUCUGCAGAGAUUCAGAGAAGCACAGCGACCACAGAUUCAGACCCAUCGAUGAAGCUGCACGACAACACAAGAAGGAGCUUCAGGAAACUCUGCAGCCCUUCAAGAAGAAGUUACAGACUUUUGAAGAAGUUAAAGUGAAGUUUGAUCAAACAGCAGGACACCUGAAGGUCCAGGCUCGACGCACAGAGACGCAGAUUAAGGAGCAGUUUAAGAAGCUUCACCAGUUUCUAGAAGAGGAAGAGGAGGCCAGGAUGGCUGCACUGAGGGAGGAAGAGGAGCUGAAGAGGAGGAUGAUGGAGGAGAAGAUGGAGGCUGUGAGCAGAGAGAUAGCAGCUCUUUCACACACAGUCAGAGCCACAGAGGAGGAGCUGAGAGCUGAAGACGUCUCCUUCCUGCACAACUACAAGGCUGCAGUGGAGAGGCUGCAGCGCCCCCUGCUGGAGGAUCCACAGCUGCCCUCCGGAGCUCUGAUAGACCAGGCCAAACACCUGGGCAACCUCAGCUUCAACAUCUGGAGCAAGAUGAAGGACUUGGUGUCCUACUCUCCUCUCAUCCUGGACCCAAACACUGCUGGUCCAAACCUCAUCCUGUCUGAAGAUCUGACCAGUUUGAGACUAGGAGGAGAGAGACAGGAACUUCCUGAUAAUCCAGAGAGGCUUGAUUAUGUCUGCUCUGUCCUGGGCUCUGAGGGCUUUAACUCAGGGACUCACAGCUGGGAUGUCCAGGUUGGAGACAAUACAUACUGGGAACUGGGUGUGUUAGCAGAGUCUGUCGACAGGAAAGGAGACAUAGAGUCUGGAUUAUGGAGAAUAGAGUAUAAUGAAGUUGAAUACUCAGCACUGUCACCACCAGCUCCAUCCACUCCUCUCAGCCUGCAGAAGGAGCCCCAGAGAGUCAGAGUGAAUCUGGACUGGAACAGAGGAAAGCUGUCGUUCUCUGAUCCUGACACUAACACACACAUACACACCUUCACACACACUUUCACUAAGAGGCUGUUUCCAUACAUUUAUACUUGGGGUGAAGUGAAGAUAUUACCAGGGAAGGUGUGUGUGACAGUGGAUCAGAGAAGUUAGCAGGAGGAUUAUAUCUCACAGAGAAAUGAACUAAAGCUGCACCUGUUUAGUUUCUUGUUAUUUAGUUGGAAGGUAUUCUUUUUGUAUCUAUGAUCAACCUUUAUUAAACUGAAAUACAUGCACAUAGUUUCUUCUCCUUAACACGUGGGACCAACCAAAGCUUGUCAGAAUGAUGUUUCUCCAUAACUCUCAUUAAUAUGGAGUUUGAUUUAGAGGCAAUGAGAGGAAGAGCUUUCUUCACAUGAUGAAUGAUUUCAGAUCUUUAUGUUGGGUUAGUUUAACCUUUUCUGUUUCAUUGAUUCUCUGUAAUUUUAAAUUGUUGUUCAUUUCUGAUUUGUGUGUGACGGGAUCCAGAAUAAAUAAAAAC